AUGUCGUCCGAUGAAGAAGACUACGACAUUGCCGGCUCAUUGGCAGUUAAUGCUGAAGAUUCUGAUUAUUCUGAUUCUGAGUCCGAUAAUGACAAUCAAGAAUUUAAAGACAUUAUACUGAGUGAUAAUGAAGAAGAGGAAGAGGAACAAGAACAACCCCAAAAGAAGAAACAAAAGAAAGAAACAAAGACAGCAAAACCCAAGUCUACAGUCAAGCCUGAAGCGUUCCCCAAUUUGGAACUCAGUGACGAUGAAGAAGACGAUAAAUCAUUCAAGGCCACCACGGACGCAUUAUUCCUUAAUAAUCCUGAAGUUAAAAAGGCAAAGAGUGGUACUUUCAAAUCCUUUGGACUCUCACAGAACAUCCUCAGGAACAUUGCCAAAAGAGGAUACAAGAACCCUACCCCCAUUCAAAGAAAGUCGAUUCCAUUACUUAUGGAAGGUAGAGAUGUUGUUGGGAUGGCCCGUACCGGUUCUGGUAAAACUGCUGCAUUUACAUUACCAGUGGUUGAUAAAUUACGACAACAUUCUGCCAAAGUUGGUAUUCGUGCAUUAAUUCUUUCACCCUCAAGAGAAUUGGCCUUGCAAACGUAUAAACAAGUUAAAGAUUUCUCCAAGGGAACAGAUUUAAGAAGUGUAGUGUUAAUUGGUGGUGAUUCUUUAGAAGAUCAAUUUCAAAUGAUGAUGAAUAACCCAGAUAUUGUGGUUGCUACUCCAGGUAGAUUUUUACAUUUGAAGGUGGAAAUGGAAUUAGAUUUAAAGACCAUUGAAUUUGCAGUUUUCGAUGAAGCAGAUAGAUUAUUUGAAAUGGGGUUUGCUGAACAAUUGAAUGAAUUGAUUGCGUCGAUGCCAACUUCAAGGCAAUCGCUUUUAUUUUCCGCAACGUUACCUCGAACUUUAGUUGAUUUUGCUAAAGCUGGGUUGGUGAACCCCGUUUUAGUCAGAUUAGAUGCUGAAUCCAAGAUUUCAGAUGAGUUGGAAAUGGCCUUCUUCACCACAAAGAAAAACGAAAGAGAAGCAAACUUGUUAUACAUUUUACAGAAUAUGAUAAAGGUUCCUAUUGCGACCUCUGAAGAUCUCAAGAAGUUGAAAGAAUUUGAUGGAGAAAACGAUGACUCUGAUCCAGACAACAACGACGAUGGCAAUGACGAUAAGAACAAGAAGACUAUGAAAAGAAAAAGAUUCACCAAACGUUUCAACUUACCCCCAGCCAACGUUUUACCCUCACCUUAUUCUACUAUUGUAUUUGUCCCCACAAAACAUCAUGUUGAAUACAUUACAGCCUUGCUUAAGGACGCUGGGUAUUUGGUGUCAUAUAUUUACGGUACGCUUGAUCAACACGCCAGAAAAAGUCAGCUUUAUCAAUUUCGGGCCGGUCUUACCAACGUACUUGUUGUUACCGAUGUGGCCGCAAGAGGUAUUGAUAUCCCCGUUUUAGCUUAUGUAAUCAACUUUUCCCUCCCGGCAUCAUCCAAGAUCUUCAUCCAUAGAGUUGGUAGAACGGCUAGAGCCGGGAACAAAGGUUGGGCGUAUCUGAUUGUCAACGAGAAGGAGCUUCCAUAUCUUUUAGAUUUGGAGUUGUUUUUAGGGAAGAAGGUGUUGUUAACUUCUAUGCAUGAAGCCAAAUGUGAACUCUUAAAGGAAAGACAAGGCGAUCAAUAUGUGGAGCCCAAAGUGUCAUAUACUGACAGAUUGGUUUUAGGGUCUGUACCUCGGCUUCAAUUAGAGAACUGUCAAGAGCUAUACGAUAAUUUGUUGGCCAAUAACUACGAGUUAAGUGUGAUCAAGGAUGUUUCUUUGAAGGGUGAGAAAUUGUAUCAAAGAACGAGACAGCCUGCAUCUCAAGAGUCCGUCAAAAGGACCAAGGAGUUGAUUGGUACGGGGACUUGGGAUGAACAACAUUUGCUUUUUGGAGCCAACCUUGAAAAGGAGAAGGACAAGUUUUUGGCCAAAUUAAUGAAUAGAAACGUGAAGGAAACGGUGUUUGAAUUCAAGCAUAAAGGUCGUGAAAGAGAAGAAAAUAGUAUGGCUGAAUUCAUGCAACGAAGAAGAAGACAACUUGCACCCAUUCAAAGAAAGGCCAAAGAACGUAAGGAUUUAUUAGAUAAAGAAAGACAAGCUGGUUUGGUCCAUGGGAUUGAAGAAGAAGUACUAAAAGGAGAUUCCAGUGAAGUUGGAUAUUCCACUACUACCAGAGUUGGUGGUGAGAACCUUGAUGAAGAAGAAUUACAACAGACAUUUGAAGAUGGUGAUAGUGUAUUAAACAAGAAGAAGAACAAUAACGCUUCUAAGUCGUAUAGAGAUCCUCAGUUCUACAUGAGUCAUUAUGCUCCUACAUCUGUGAUUCAAGAUCAACAGCUUUCAUUGGCUACUUCAUUUGCCAAUAGUGCGGCAUCUGCCACUUUUGAUUUAGACAACGAUGAGAAGAUGAGAGGCAACAAACAAGUCAUGCAAUGGGAUAGAAAGAAGGGUAAAUAUGUCAAUUCUCUUUCCACUGACAAGAAAUAUAUCAUCAGUGAAAAUGGGCAAAGAAUCCCUGCAUCUUUCAGAUCUGGUAAGUUUGAUGAUUGGAAGAAGCAAAGAAACUUACAACCAGCUAAGGCUGGAUCUUUGGAACCGAACAAUGACAAGAAUGGUAAUAAGAGGUUUAAGCAUAAAAAAGUGGAUGCUCCAAGAUUACCGGAUAAGUAUAGAGAUGAUUUCCAUAAGCAAAAGAAAAAGGUGGAGAAGGCUCUUGAAUCUGGGGUUUCGGUAAAGGGUUACAACAGACCAGGUCAACGACAAGAAUUGAAGACCACCGAACAAAUCAGAAAGGAUAGAGAAUUGAAGGAGAAACGUAAAGCAAAGAACGCCAGGCCUUCAAGAAAGAAGAAGUAUUAA